AUGUCCAAACAUCAGCAGCCCUGGGGCCUCCCAAGUCCCGAGUUGCUAGCCUCACCACGGACGAUGCGAACACUGCGCAAGAUUCAGUCUCACCAAGUUCUUACCACGUCUAACGCGCUCAUCGCGCAAACUCAAUCUUCUCGCUCAGGAGCGCGUGGUGCCGAAUCGGGCUCGUCAUCGAACAACUCAAAUAACACCAUCCGGGCGCCGACACAUCGCCGAGCGCGUUCUAACAGUGACGCGGCAGCUCGUGAAGCAGCGCUUGCUCAAGUUUCUACCCAGAGGCGCCCGGCUCGGAAAACGGGCUCGGGUAUAGGGCUUAAGCGAUCAUUCCUCGAGAAUCUGCUUCGUGAUGGCCCCCAGCACGGCAACACCCAAGAGGCGCUACAAGAGCUGAAGUAUCUUGUUCUAUCGACCAGAGUGGAUGCAGACGGAGACGGCAUGUCUCCCUAUCGGAUCUAUCUUUGGCUCAUUCUUCUUCAUGUCCCUCCACUCCCAACCGAUAAUUACCUCGCUCUGGUCCACCGCGGUGGCUCCCCGGCUUAUACCAAGAUCCGCAAUGAUACCUUUCGAACUCUGGCGACGGACCCGUUAUUCAAGCGCCGCGUCACCGAGGCGAGUCUGAUUCGGUUGUUGAAUGCGGUAGCAUGGAAAUUACACGACUCAAAAGUCAAGCCUCGUUCUCGCCCCUCGUCUUCACGGAGACGGGAGAUGGAGGCUCUAAUCAACACUCCGCCCAGUAUUUCAGAAGAUCCCGAGGGACCAGGAUCUGCCGGAAGUGCAGUUGGAGAUACCGCUAUCUACGUCCAGGGUAUGAACGUCCUAUGUGCGCCGUUCUUAUAUGCAGCCCGGAGCGAGGUGGAGGCAUUCGCUCUUUUUCAUCAUUUUGUCACUGUGGAAUGCCCUGGAUAUGUUCGUAGCACCAUGGAUGGAGUCCACCGGGGUCUUCGGCUGGUGGAUCGAUGCUUGGAGAUCGUAGAGCCGAAAUUGGCCGCGUAUCUCUUCUCCAAGGGCAUGCAUGCAGAGCUGUAUGCCUUUCCUUCUGUGCUAACUCUCUGCGCUUGUACACCUCCCUUACCGGAAGUGUUACACCUCUGGGAUUUCCUCUUUGCAUAUGGCCCCCACUUGAAUAUCCUCUGCAUCGUCGCCCAGCUGAUCCGUAUGCGGGAUGAGAUUCUCGAAAGCCCGAGCCCUAACAAACUUCUUCGGUCUUUCCCACCUUUGCAAGCCAAGGACAUCAUUGCCUUGACCGUUCUUCUGGUGCGCAAGAUUCCGGAUGACGUUUAUGAAGAGAUGGUCAAUCACGCGAAAUGA